AUAUAAACGAGAAUUAUGUAAAUCAUGAAAAUAUUAAUAAAUAUGAACCUGGAGCUACAACACCAAAAAAUGAUACGCCAAAAUAUUUAGAAACCCCAAGGCAUGAAACUGCCAAUGCACCAAACCCAUUUUCUUUACAGGAAGCAUGA